UCCAUUUCAAAUUCUUAUUUAUUUCAAUGAUGAAUGAGAUAUUUGGCGCUUUUUAGGCGUCCCUCUCUCCGAAAAACUACAGUCUUUACUGAAGAGAGAGAGAGAGGCUGGUAUAAAUCGUUCUUAACACGAUAAUUUUGCUGUUUGUAUUAAUUUUUAUUUAUUCCAUUCAAUCACAUAAUUUAAAUAUCUAUGAAAAAACGGUUGCCUGGCACAUAGAUUAUCGAUAUCUUGCAUAUCGAUUACAGCAAGAACAGCUGUUUAUGUUUACAUCUACAACUCUUUCUUGUGCGGUCAUUACACGUUGACUCCCCAACAAAAUAAUGUCCACGGCCAGCGGGAACGAGGAACGUGAUAUUAAUGAUCUUUUUGACGAUAUAACACUCGCAGAAAAUCAUCUAGUGGAGGCCAGCUAUAAGGAGGGCUUUGCCAUUGGCUGUCAAGAAGGCAACGACGAAGGCUAUAGACUCGGUUAUGCCCAAGGAAUACAGCUGGGUGAAGAAUUGGCAGAGAUAUUUGGUCGGGUUGUAGCUCUUCAACAACAGGAAACACACACUGAACGUGUAAAACGUUGCCUUGAACAAUUGCGUACAUCCAUUGAAUCAUUCCCCCGGGACAACGACCCGGAAGCUGAUAUUAUUGGUGCCGUGGAAAAUAUUAGAAUUCUGAAUAAGAAACUACUCGUGUUAACCGGACGUGCCAAAGGUUCUACAUCGACAGAAGCUGGCAAAGCAGAAAAGAAAGAUUUAUCCUUUUAA